UUGUCAAAUUGUAUCUGUGGUGGUAGCUAUGAAUGUGUCAAUAAUUUCGAUAACAUUUACUAAAAAAUUACAAACUGAGCAUUUUAAUUAAAUUAUCAUAAAUUUACUGAUAUGUAAGUAGGUUUUUUGCGUAGAAAAGUGAAUUUUGAAGCAUCACCAAGAAAAUACCAAUAGGUUAAGGAGCAAACAAGUAAAAAUGGAUACGUUUAAGUGUGAAACAACAGUCCACUUUCUGGCUAGUUUAGUUAGUUAGACAAUGGAAUUUGAUUUUAACGAAUAUAAAUAGUAUGAAUAAUUAAUUUUGUGUUAACGGUGCUUUUGCUUAAUUGAAAUGGCGGAUUUAAUGCGACCAGGAAACGGUCACAGUAAUGCUGUGAAUGAUAAGCUGGGCUCUCCCAGCACAGGAAGUGAAGAUGGAAACGACAAAGAAACACAAGGAACACCAAAGGAAGCUGAUGAUUGUGAUAUUGGAAACUCUGCUCCUCAUGCUCCACCAGAAGCAAUGUGGUAUCAUGGUAGACUGGACCGCUAUCAGGCUGAAGAAAGGCUUUGGGAGGCAAAAAUACUGGGAAGUUACUUAGUUAGGGAAAGUGACCGUAAACCUGGCUCCUAUGUCCUAUCAUAUCUUGGAAAGACUGGUAUAAAUCAUUUCCGUAUCACAGCAGUAUGUGGUGACUUUUAUAUUGGUGGAAGGCAGUUUGAUUCUUUGAGUGAUCUAGUUGGUUAUUACACAGUAUCAAGUGAUUUGUUGAAAAAGGAAAAGCUUGUUCAUCCUGUACCACCACCAGAACCAGUAAAUGACAAGAAAAGGGUUGUUGCCAUUCUACCUUACACCAAAAUGCCUGAUACUGAUGAACUCAGUUUCAAAAAGGGGGAUAUCUUCUUCGUGCACAAUGAUAUGGGUGAUGGAUGGUUGUGGGUCACUGCACACAGGACAGGAGAACAGGGAAUGAUAUUUACCGAAUUAGUUGAAGACCUGGACGACAGUAUCGACCCUAAUACUGUUUUCCCAUGGUUUCAUCCCAAUUGUACAAAAAACGAAGCUGUAGAUCUCUUAGUAAAAGCUGGACCAGGCAGUUUUCUAGUAAGGCCCAGCGACAACUCUCCGGGCGACUACUCCCUUUUCUUUCACAUUAACAACCAAAUACAAAGAUUUAGAAUAGAAAAAAAGGGGGUGCGUUAUCUUAUGGGAGGCCGCGUCUUCGAAUGUUUGGACGCUGUCAUAAAUAGGUACAGAAAAGAACAAAUAGUCGAAGGGUACACUUUGCAACAUCCUUUGCUGGUUGAUGGCACCAAACAACAAGACUGGGUCCCAGACACUCAAAAAACUAAAUCUGACGCAGCGGCAGAAAAAAUAUACGCGACUUUAAGGGAAUGUAGGGACCAGGCGGGAUUGAAACGUAUGCGAGGCAUAAAACAUCAGGGAUACUUACACAGAAAGUCAGAUAAGGUCGGAAAGAAGUGGAAACUGUUGUACUUUGUCCUUCUGGUCGACGGUACCGACACGCACAUUUAUCUCUACGAUAAUCCUAAACGCACAAAACCCAAGGGCCUUAUUGAUUUGUCCUGCACGUACUUAUACCAGGUGCACGACAGUUUAUGGGAAAGGCCUCAUUGCUUGCAGCUGGUUGAGAGGGCUUUGCCCUGUUUGGCGACGGUCACCCAUCUUGCUGCACCCUCAACAGAGGAAUGCCAAGCGUGGAUAACGGCCCUCAAACCCCUGUGCAUUCCACAGCUUAGCAGGGCCAUGUCAAAGGUGCCAAAAUUGCGAGAGCUUCGUAGUUUGACUCUUCACGUCUUAGACGCUCAUCGAUUGCCAUAUAAAUUUGUGCCACAGCCCUUUAUUACACUUCAAAUGAACAACCAAGUAAGGAUAGCGAAGACAAGGAUUAAAUCGGGGCCUGAUCCUGUGUGGGACGAAGAAUUCGUUUUUGAUGAUGUACCGUGUGAUAUUGUGUCGUUAACGUUGACGAUACACAACAAAGGAAAGAGAGGAAAAGACUCGGAAGUUGCGGAACUUCACAUAGAAUUGGAAUCGUUAGGAAAUGGGGAAGAGAAAGAGGAAUGGUACAGCCUCUCGGGAUUAACACCAAUCGGGGAAUGGGGCUCCCUAAGAUUGCGCACAAGAUUUCUUCACGAUUUAGUGAUGCCUGCAGAAGAGUACAGUCCUUUGCAACAGUUGCUUUUAGAACCUGGUCUAACGUCGGUCAAAUGUCUGGCGGAAAUAUGUCACUCCGAUAGGGCUCCUCUGGCCACGUCGUUGCUUAGAGUUUUCAGAGCUGAAGGGCGAGAAACUGAACUUUUGCAAGAACUUAACUCUGCAGAAGUAGGAAGAGAGACUGAUACGUCGACCCUGUUUAGGGCUGCGAGUCUUGCUACCACUCUCAUGGACCUGUACAUGAGGGAAGAGUGUAGUGGUUUUUUGCAGGCGGCUGUACUUGAAACCGUCCUCAGACUCCUGGAGACGAAGCAGAGCGCGGAAUUGAACCCUGCCAAAAUGGAUUCUCCCGACGAUGCUUGCAACAACGCCGAAUUUCUUUUACAAAUACUCGAUCAGAUAACGCUGAGCAUUUUUAUGUCUCCGGACGCAUGUCCCAGAUCUGUUCGUUACAUCUGUGGCUGUUUGCAAAGAGCUGUGGUGGCAAAAUGGCCUGGUGAAAGACUCGUACGAACUAGAGUGGUAUCUGGAUUUAUAUUCUUAAGACUGUUGUGCCCUGCAUUACUUAACCCCAGACAAUUUGGUCUAGUGAGCGAACAGCCCAGCUCAACGGCCACCAGGAGUCUCAUUAUGGUCGCUAAAUGCUUACAGAACUUGGCCAAUUUGGUAGAAUUUGGAGGCAAGGAACCCUAUAUGGAGGUAGUAAACCCCUUCAUUCUUAAAAACAAGGAGAGGAUGGUGGUGUUUUUGGAUCAGUUAUCGGCCGUACCAGACCCCGGGGAACCCCGAAUGACCAACAAGACCGAUACUGCUCGUGAACUGGCAACGUUACAUCACAUUUGCGUUGCUCACUUGAUCGAGUUGCAAGCCGUGGCCAAGGUUAAUAACAACGUUAAAACAUUGGUCACCGUAACAGACAUGCUUACGAAACACAAACAAAAGUAUCUCGAAAUGAUAAGAUAAUAAAUAACUUCGUUUUUCAUAAUAAUAACGAAAAAACAUGAUACAAACGAAUGGCUCUUUUUAUGAUUGUAAUAAUACGAACUACAGGUAACACAGAUUUGGUCGAAACGUUUUGUCUUUCGUUUUCUUUUUUCUUUUGAGUCCCCAAUACUGCCCUUUAUCGUUAAUUAGUUCAAAAUUCAGUAAAUUAACCGAGUCUUGAUUAUUUUACAUUGGUGUAGAAUCUUAAAUAUUGGCGAUCGAAACUGAAAACGUUUCCCCAUAAUCUCGAGAUAAUUUUUGUACCCUGAACAAAUGUUGGCUUAAUUAGAAGACGUAGCGACAAAGUGAUUUUUUACCACUAGUUAGCCUUUUUCAUGCUCAUUUACUCAUUAGUAGUUUGGUAACAAUAAUUAUUAAUAAUGAUAUUUAAUAAUGAUAAUAAUAACGAAUCCCAUUUAUAUACAGGAACAAAAAAAUAAUAGUAACGUUAUAAUUUUUAUAAACAAUUGUGUGGUCUAGUCAGCACCCUCGGUGUGUAUUAGGGCUGAUUCUAUAAUGUCAAUUCUAAAGUUAGACUUCGAAACGUGUAGUUCUGUCUGCUUAUAUCUGUUAGUUGGUUAGAAUUUUAGCUGACUUUCGGUUUCUCUUGUGUUCUUUUAGUCGAUUUGUUUCUCUUUAAUUCAACUAUCGAUUGCCAAAAGGCUUUUUUUAUAUUUACAUUUACACCUUUUUAAAUAAAUAGACUGACGAGGUCUCUGAAUAAUAUUACUACGAUAUAAUACUUAUUAAUUAUUCCCUUAAUGAGCUUACAGUAGUUUAUUGACUCUUUUCUACUCGAUAUAUUUAUUCCAUGUGUAUGUAUAUAAUAUAACAUAUUAUU